AUGACACUAAGCACGUGGGACACACUUCAAGUUCCCAAUUCAGCACCACCACCAAACCAUCAUUUUCCUUAUUCAGAUGAAAGCUUUCACCUUUACGAUAACUACUUUCACCCAACCUGUGAUUUUUUCCACCCUUCUCAUCAACUUUUUCCAUGCACUGACCCCUUCAUUUCAUUCACUCAUCACACUUUUCCAACUGAAGAUUACCAACUUCUCCCAUGCCCAAAACGUCGAAAGUGCUUCUACGAGGAACAAGAACAGCCCUUGCACUUUUCACUAGAAGACUUUGCACCCUCCAAUUUCUUAGAUCAUAAUUUGUGUGUUUUGCAAGAAGAUCCAGAGCAAGUGCCACCAGAGUCCGUAUUCUGCUCCAUGGCGACAGAGUUUAAGGUUCCACAGCAAUGUACUUUUGAGGAUUUUCAGUGUGAGAAGAAAGGUAACGACAGAACUGUCUCUGCACAAAGCAUAGCGGCGAGAGAAAGAAGAAGAAAGAUCGCUGAGAAAACACAUGAACUUGGAAGCUUGAUUCCUGAUGGACCAAAAAUGAACACAGCUGAGAUGCUUCAUGCAGCUGCUAAGUAUGUUAAGUAUCUUCAAGCACAAGUUGACAUGCUUCAACUCAUCAAGACAGUCAAUGAAGAAGACGCGGAUCCUUCACUUGAAAAGUUACAUGCUCUGGUUAUUUCUCCCAUUGUUCAAGAGAAGUUGUACUCAAAAGAAAGUUGCUUAGUUCCAAAAGAAUUUGUCACAACUUUGACAAAUUAUAACAAUGUUCAAUGGGGACCUACCAUUAUUAAAGAUCUUAAAGAGUUGAUUGGGCCAGACACUGAAAAGAAAGCAGAACAAGAAUAA